GUCCCAACCUGAACCGGCUACACUCCGGUGGCGUCUUAGAUCACAAGGGCCUUCUGAAAUUAGGACCCAGGAAGACUAGGCCACAGUUUCCUCUUAAGUUUCGUGGAGAGAGACUCAGGUAUAGACAUAUCCUUACAGCCACCUGACCCGAAGCGGGAGCAACCACUGACAGCUUGAAGACCAGCCCCACCAUGUGCACUGCCAGCCCCUGUGACCUGGAAGAGAUCCCCCUGGAUGAUGAGGACCCAGACAGCUUGGAGUACAAAAUCCUGGAGUUCUAUGUCAAACACCACGUCUUCCAGAACACCUCUGUCGUCCUCUCACCAAAGCUCCUGAGAACAAGGAGUCUGUCCCAGAAAGGGCCGGAGAGCUGGCCAGUGAAUGAGGCAUGGACGCAGGGGCCGUGGCCCUGCAGAAAUUCCCAAUCCAGCGAGAAGGCCAUAAACCUCACCAAGAAAAAGUCGUCUUGGAGGACCCUCUUCGGGGUAGCAGAGAAGGAGGAGGACUCACAGAGCUCGCCUCCGGAAAUCCGUGCCCAGGGACAAAGGGUGGGGGGACCUCAGGUCCGUCCUCGGAGUCCGAAAUGGCCAAGGUCCCGCUCCAGCAUGGACCAGCGCUUAGAGCACAAAGCUGCGGACCCCAGAGUCGUUUCCAUUGCCAACCGAGUCGCUGAAAUUGUUUAUUCCUGGCCGCCGCCAGAAGAGUUCCACAGCCAGGGAGGAGGCUUCAACUCCCAAGAGCUUCCGGUACCCCAGAGUUUCGAAGGGCAGUCUGGAGCUAAAAGUACCAAGAAAGUGGACGAUGAGGGGCCCAGCUGGCUCUUGAGCUGGCAGCACAUCAAGCGACAAGGCAGAGGAGUCUUCAAUCGUGGCGGUGCCCCCCAACCCCCGAUCCAAACUGAAGGAGAAGACCAAAUAAUAGCCAGAAUUGUUGAGCUGCUGAAAUAUUCAGGGGAGCAGUUGGAAAGAGAGUUGAAGAAAGACAAGGUUUUGAUGACCUGCUUCCAGGAUGGGUUAUCCUAUCCUGUUUUCAAGACCAUCACAGACCAGUUCCUAAGGGCCGUGGACACCAGGGGAGAAUCAGAGGUCAAAGCCCAGGGCUUUAAAGCUGCUCUUGCAAUAGAUGUCAUAGCCAAGCUCACGACUGUCGACAACCACCCCAUGAACAGGGUGCUGGGUUUUGGAACCAAGUACCUGAAAGAUAAUUUCUCACCCUGGAUCCAGCAGCAUGGUGGAUGGGAGAAAAUACUUAGGAUACCACACGAAGAAGUAGACUGAAACAUCAGAGGAUUUGUAACCCUGGAAUACUUAUGUUCUGGCUCUGGUCUUGUGUACAUCGGUCUCAGCACAGACUACAGGAGAAAACACAAAUGGACAAGGUGGAUGGAGCACCAAAGGCUGAAUAACCAUUACUCCUGCAAGUCAAGAGGCAUCAGGAGAGACCUUGACUGUUUCCUGCUCCUAGGAUGUAGAGCAUGGCCUCCGGCAUCCAUUAUUCAGGUUGUCUACUGAGUAUGCAAGAAAGUCUAGGAAGACAAGUGGUAACCUUCCAUUUAAAUGCUUACAACAGAAACCAUCACCCAACCUCUGCUGGCCACUUUAGGGAAAGUGCGUGACACAUACUUGUUGACCUCAUGAAGGUGAAAUGAUAAAUGGCGCAUGUGCUUACUCUCUGGUUUCUAGUACUGUUUAUUUUUCAAAGUUCACUUGAGAUGGUCUGACCUUAUUUCAAGCCUGCCCUUAGGCUGAUGUAGCUGUUCAUGUUGGUAGACAGAGGUCAAAGAGACUCUCGAGUUUAUGGCCAGCCUGGGGAGAGACUGCCUGAUCUGCCUUUUUUGGCUCCCUUCUCUGGACAAUUUUUUGGCAGUUUGAAAAACUUCUAUUUGGCAGAAAACAAUUAUUCCUGUCACCCUCAACUAUCUCAGUGACCUCAUCUCUACUUCUAGAGGUUUCUAGAACUUUGUUAUUUUGGGGGUUAGUGUAAUGAUUAAUGCUUGGUAAAAUAAAUGUGCAGAAAGACAACUGUCAAA